AUGCUUGAACAGGAGGGUAUCCUUAGGAAAGGGUUGGAUUCCUCGGCGCAUCUGAAGGACUCCAAGUACAAGCAGCGACGCGAGGAGCGGUGCCGGCAGAGUCAGGCAUUUCGCAAGUGGCUCCGCAAGCAGCGGGCAAAAGGCAAAGAAAGCCCAAGCCCAGGCAGCAAAGAUGGCGACACACCCGAGCACAGCCCAAUCUUGGAGGAACCGUCUCCGAGCUGUGCCACGGAGUAUUGCGAGGACUCGGAGCAGACGCCGGCUUCUCGCAUGAACGAGUCCCGGGAUGCGUCGUCUCCAAGCCCUAGGCAACCAUUGGGCCGGGUGCAGAAGCCGAGACCUUCGCAGAUUCGCCAGGAAUGGAGGACAGAAAUCUACUGUCCUGGAUUUCCUGUCAUGACCGUUGAGGAGUCCGCAGCUGGACUCGAUGACACAAGGCGCUCGGCAACGAACCGAGCACGGUCGAAAGAUGUCCAUGCAUCGGAGUCCGAAGAGACACCUUGCGGACCAGCGGACUUGGGAGGGACGCCGUCCGACACUCCGCUGCAGGCGCUGUGGCAGCGCCCGGCUCCGGAACGGACGGCAUCGAAGGACAUGGUGCCGCUGGCCAGCAUCGAUCUGGGAGCCAAGGCCUCUGCCGUCAACGUGUCCAGUGACUUUGCAGAGGGAGAGGCGCAGCUUCAAAGUUCGAAGUGCCCAUCGACCCUCGGAUGUCCUUCACCCAAGACUUGCGAGGUGCUUCCCAAAGGCGACGAGUCUCAAGGCGUUCGAAAGUGCACCUUGGACGACUCCAAGAAGAGCGUCAGCAUUGGCGACAGGAUUGAGGGUAUCCGUGCAUGCUUGGAGGCAAGGAUGGGAACCCAGCGCUUCCAGAAGCUGUACAAGAGUCUGACCAAAGAUGACGCUACUGUCAACAGCCUCUCCGGCGCCGCAGUUCCUUGGCCUCGAGAUUCGUCAAUGUUCCUUCCCGAAGACAUUGACGAGGCUUUCAGUGAGGCGACGACAGCGUCUGAUGACCUCAACUCCUUAGUGCCUUUGGUGGCGAAGCUCGUGGCAUGUGAGCAAAGCUACUUCAGCUGA